CCUGCCCGCUCGCACCGUGCUCCCGGGCCCGCCCGUCGGCCGUCCGGGGGCGGGGGCGGGGCGAGCAGUCACGUCCACUUUCCCGCCUCCGCUGGCGUUUCCUUUGCUGGCUGCUGUUACCGCAGGAGAACCGGGCAGGUCGGCCUCAGGGAGGUCAGCUUCUGCUGAUGCAAAAGCAUAGUAAGUGUCCCCGUGCCGCCUGAGCUGGCGUAGGCGACAAGGCGCUGGCCAUUUGUGAAUGCCCUGGCAUCCUGGACAGAUUUCGUUGCCGUUUCUGUUGGAUCACCUCAGGGAAAGGGAGGCUCAUGGUUCUCCUCAGCCUCGCUUGGAGGUCUAAAUACCCUUGAAGAAAUGUAAAGUCAGCCGAAGGGUCACCGUAUGAUCACCCACUCCCAUUCUCUGCUUUUCUGCGACUUAGCGUUUAGAUGAUUUUGUAAACAGAGAUCAGCGUGGGUUUUUCUAGGUGAAGUAAAGAGAAACAUAAAAAUACAGAUGUGAGUCUUCUGCGUAGUGCCCUUUAUACGUCUUGCAAAGACGUGCCAAAGAAGAAUGUUGAGCAUCUAGUUACUUAAUUGGGGGGUGCUGUCUGAGAAGAGUAAGGCUGCUUUUUCCCUAAUUACUUUCUUUCUACUGUGGUCUCACGGUCUCAGCUCUCCUGCCAGUAUUCAUAGAAUGGAAAGGCAGCUUAAAUGUCCCACAAAGUGAAGGCUUCCAUCUUCACAAGAGAAUGAAAAAUCAUAGAAGUUGUACUGCCUUACUAAAGACAGAAGACUAGGAUGAUAGAUUAAAGUAUAAUUAAAGUCAGAAUGUUCUAAUCUUCCCUUCACAUGGGCAAGAUGGGACAGGAAGCACAUCAAUUAAAUCUUUGGAUAAUCCUACAACUCAUUGCAGGCAGUGGGUGCCAAUUUUCUCACCACCAACCUUUCCUAAGUUAUUGUUUUUUUUUAAAGGCAAGUCAUCAGUUGACAUUUGUCUUCAAUAAGCUGUCCUGUAUUUCAAUUGAAUAAUAGAAAGAAAGGAGAGAAACAAAGGGCCUGGCAGUUGAUUCUUAAAGGGAAGGCAAAGCGAGACCUGUUCAUUUUUUUCUCAUACUAUUGUAGCAGGUAGUAAAGUUCAUGUGCCUUUCCUAUUGACAUGUGCUUUUUUUUUUCCUGCCCUCAUUGCCUCAGGAAGAAGAUCCUUUUAUUGAUUUUCUUCCAGACCAGACUGGACCUCAGUUGUCAAAAGUGGUGCUGGCGGGGUGUCUGACACAGGAGCAAGACUGUUCUUGGAACAUAAUGAUGACGAUAGAUCUGAAGGUGGCUGAGUAUUUGAACCCUCAGAUCAGGGCUCUUUGGGAGACCGACAUACCUAUGACAGAGAGCUCCAGUCAGAGUAAGAAAUAUACCCCACAAACGGACAGUCUCUGUCCCGAGAGCUCUCGCCAGCACUUCCGGAGCUUCCACUAUCAUGAGGCAGCUGGACCCCGUCAGGCUGUGGGCCAACUUCAGGAAUUAUGCCAUCGGUGGCUGAGGCCGGAGAUCCACUCAAAAGAGCAGAUCUUGGAACUCUUGGUGCUAGAGCAAUUCCUAACCAUUCUGCCCAGGGACAUCCAGACCGGGAUAAAGAAGUACCAUCUACAGAGCAUUGAGGAGGCUGUGGCCCUGGUAGAACACUUGCAGAAGGAAUCUGGUCAAAUGAGGAAUGGGGUUGCAGCUCAUGAGCUGGGAAAGGAGGCAGUGCUCUUGGGAGAAACAGCAGAGGCCCCAGGCUUCAAUCUGAAGCCAGCAGAAUCCCAGCCAGUGGGCAUGUCCCAGGAUGAAGAAUUUUGGAGUACAUACCAGGGUCUACAAGAACAGCUGAGCAGGAAUACUCAUAAAGAAACUGAGCAUGUAUGUGAAAGGGCUGUGCCUGCUCACCAGAUCCCAGCCUCUCCUGAGCAGACAAGCACCAAAGACUGGACAGUGGCACCUGAGCUCGUCCUGCCUGAGUCCCAGAGCUUGUUGACAUUUGAAGAAGUGGCCAUGUAUUUUUCCCAGGAAGAAUGGGAGUUACUGGAUCCCACUCAGAAGGCCCUCUACAAUGAUGUAAUGCAAGCAAACUAUGAGACUCUCAUCUCUCUAGCUGUGCCUGCUCACCAGAUCCUAGCCUUUCCUGAGCAGACAAGUACCAAAAACUGGACACUGGCACCUGAGCUCAUCCUGCCUGAGUCCCAGAGCUUGUUGACAUUUGAAGAAGUGGCCAUGUAUUUUUCCCAGGAAGAAUGGGAGUUACUGGAUCCCACUCAGAAGGCCCUCUACAAUGAUGUAAUGCAAGAAAACUAUGAGACUCUCAUCUCUCUAGCAUUAUUUGUGCUCCCCAAACCUAAAGUGAUCUCCUGUCUAGAGCAAGGAGAAGACCCAUGGGUUCAAGGAUCCCCAGAGUUCAAGGACAGUCCCAGAGAGCUGCCUACAGGGUUAAAGCUAAAAAAUGACACUGAAAAUCAGCCUGUGUGUCUUUCUAACUUAGAAAUACAAGCCCCAGGAGACAUAGAAUCAAAAAAGGCCAGCAUGAAAGUUCCCCAGAAAACAAUGGGCAAGGAAAAUAAUGGUGAUACGCACAGGGUGGGGAAAUGGCAUCAAGAUUUUCCAAUGAAGAAAAGAAAGAAACUUUCAACCUGGAAACAAGAGCUGCUGAAACUUAUGGAUCUUCACAAGAAAGAGCAUGCAGGAGAGAAGCCUUUUAAAUGCCAGGAAUGUGGGAAAAGCUUCAGAGUUAGCUCUGACCUUAUUAAGCACCAAAGAAUUCACACUGAAGAGAAGCCAUAUAAAUGUCAGCAGUGUGAUAAGAGGUUUAGGUGGAGUUCAGAUCUUAAUAAGCACUUAACAACACACCAAGGAAUAAAACCAUAUAAAUGCUCAUGGUGUGGGAAAAGCUUCAGUCAAAAUACAAAUCUCCAUACACACCAAAGAACUCACACUGGAGAGAAGCCCUUUACAUGUCAUGAAUGUGGAAAAAAAUUCAGUCAGAAUUCCCAUCUUAUUAAACACCGGAGAACCCACACAGGUGAGCAGCCUUACACUUGUAGCAUAUGCAGGAGAAACUUCAGCAGGCGGUCAAGCCUUCUUAGACACCAGAAACUCCAUCAGUGAAGGGGAGCUUGUCCAGUGUCCUCCGUCUGAAGAAAUUCACCAGGUGAAACUUGACACUAAAGUUUAUGAAAAAAUACCAAAUUAUGAAGCAUGAACAAUUUUUCAUCAGUGGAAAGUUUGGGGAUAUAAACAUCACGUUUCACAGAAAGAAAUCAAGGUUGACUCUGCAGGGAUGUGUUGGUAGUUGUAUAUGUACUGUUUUUUCUUAUAAUUUUCAGGGAAGUCCUUAGCAAGAGAGGUGUUCUAAGAACAUCCUGAAUAAGGGAAAAAGGUGGUUUGGGAUUGUACCUGGCAAAAUAGCAAAUUCAGCUUCAAAUAGCAGAUGCAGCCAUGAAUCAGUCACUUUUCUGUGGUCACAGAGCUAAAUAUUGUUGGUUUUGCAUUGAUCUCCCCAGCCACUCUUAAACACAUAUGGUAGAAACAUUUGUAGCAUUGGUCUUUUGGUCUUCCAAAAUAAAAAGCAAUAAUAUGCAUGUAUAAUUGCAUACCAUUGUCUUCAAGUUAGCAGGCUUAACAAUUUCAGUAAUCUCAUGGGACAGAAGUUAAUUCUACUAUAAAGUUUUCCAAGAACCAAAUUGGAUUUUCUUCCUCUCUUGUCAUUGGACAUUGUUCACAGUGUUGGACAUCGUUUGAGUUCCUUCUUGAACUUUUUAGCAACUUUAGCUCUUGAAUCCUAUUAGCACAAUUUUUGCUGUAAUGAAAUAUUUACUUUACCACUAGGGAAUCUGCCAGAAGAACUAAUAGUGCACUGUCUUAUGCCUCUCAUUGGUGGUGUUUGAAAAAAGAAAAACAUCUCUAAUGAGAUUAUAUGGAAACGGGUUAUGGAGUAUAUAUUAGAUGUAAAGAAGAAUUUUCUGCAAUAAAAGAAACUAGAUUGUUGCCUUACCUCGGAAUGUCAAUAGGAUAAAACAGCCAUAAAAAUUAACACUUUCCUGAGUCCUAAAAGAAACUUAUUGGGAGUUCAGGCUCAACUUUUCAGGUUUUUGUUUGUUUGCUUGUAAUUUGGCUUUUGUUUGUUAUUAAUUAUGAGGAGAGAGUUAUGUUUGGGAACAGGAGUGUAUGCUGCAGUGCUGUGGUUCACUGGGAAUGGUGUCCUGGGAAUCCAGUCAGUAGAAGACCAGGUUCCCAAAGGAAAGGUUUGGGAACUGAUGCUGAGUGGUGGGCAAGGCUGAGCGAAUCCACAUGCAUGUUGGUUGUCUUACACUGUAAACUGUUAAGCAGGGAGGGUAUACCUGUCUCUGUUUUCUCCAGCACAGCAUUUAACAGCAGCCUUACAUGAUAAAUUUGCUAGACUGCUGAAAAUCUUUAUAGGCUAUGCAUUUUCUUAUAACUCACCCUUUUAUCUACUGCAGUGACUCAGAUGUGUUCCUGUUAGAACUUGUAGAUAGUAUCUGGAAAGAGGUUAAAUUAUCUCUUCCAAAUUUUUCAUUUUAUAAACUAGGAAGUUAAGGCUCAAAGAGAUACAGGGACUUGUUCAAGGCCCCAUAGCUAGUGGGUCUGUUUGCUGUCAUGUAGCUUUAUCAGUCAGGCCUGAAAGCAGGAUUAGCAAGACUAAUUUGUAUGUUAUCCCUGCACAGCCAGGCUGGAUGAUGUUGUAUUGUAUCUAUUUCUAGCUUAUAAAACCUUCUGGUUUCUUGAUUGGUUACUGAAAUACUCUUAAGUGUCCAUUUUCUCUAUGAAAUAGAGAUAGCACUCAACUCAGUGUUGUUCUAGGGCUUAGAGAGAUUGAUGAAAGAAAAGCACCUAACAGCCUAGUCAAUAGUAGGUGCUCAGUCAAUGUGUGUUUCUUUCCGUUUCCCCUGCUCCACAGUGAUGUUGGGUGGACUGACUACAUUAAAGAAGCAGAUGCAUUUGUGGCUAUUGCAGCUCCUUUCAGGAGCUAAGCACUGGUGGUGGUGGUUAUGCUAAGUUGAUUUGGUCCUUGGCUUCCGUGCUUUAUGGUGUAAGUCACCUGAGCUAUUGGUCUGGUCCUCUCAGUGGGAUUUUAUUUUAUUCCUCAAGAUGAGCUACGCAAAAUAUUAUUUCUUAAGCACAGCCAGCUCUGAAGCUCUGAUCUGCAUAGCUCUUACCCAGUACCCUCAGCCUUAGACCCCUGGAACUCCACCUCUUUUCCCAAGAUAUGUAUGGGUUUCUUGCUGGCACUACAUUCAUUCAUUCAAUUUACUGAGAGCCUAUUAUGUGCUCCGGCACUGUUCUAGACUGAGGAUAUGUUAAUGAACAAAAGAGACAAAAAUGCUUGCCCUCCUAGAGCUUGUAUUCUAGUGAACAGUAAAAAGGAGAGUAGUUACGCUUUUCUGCUCCUUGCAGUUAGGGUCAUGAAAUAGUUUUGGGUGAUGAGUUGUGAGCAGAAGCCUCACUUCUGGGCUGAAGCAUUUAUUUGUUGGUGCAAGACUCUCCAGUGCACUCUUCCUGCCUCACUCAUGGAAGCACAUACAGAAAGAGGAGCCACAAGAUCAAAGCGGUCUGAAAUACUGAGCUGUCCACAUGGGAGGGCAGCUGUUUUGGAGAGUCCCCCAGACCUAUAAGGGACUUUGUGGCAACAAGAAAUAAACUUUUGUUGUGUUAAACCACUGAGACAUUGGUGCUUUGUGUUUCUGCAGCAUAAGUUGGCCUGUCUG